CAUUACACUACGCUUCUUCUUCUCUCUCUGGGACCUCCGAAGUAGUAAUUUCACGGCGAGAUACAGAGCAAUUAGAGAAUCUUCUCUCUGGUCUAUAGCUUCAUCAACCGUGAAAAACUUUCUCCAAUUACCAUUGAUUUCAUAGGAAGAUGAGUGAGAAAGCGAAGAAAGGUCGAUUAAAUUUCAACGGAUUACAUCACCCUGUUGUUGAUUUCUGGCGACGAGAGGUCGGUGGAAUCUCCUCUCGUAAUUUCUCCAAUCGCUUCUCCGCCUCCGAGAAUUUGGUUCUGCGUCUAGAGAUAUACAAGAAGCUAGAGAAGCACAAAGGGUGUGUAAACACAGUGAGUUUCAAUGCAGAAGGAGAUGUUCUGAUUUCGGGUUCCGAUGAUCGGCGUGUCGUUCUUUGGGAUUGGCAACUUGGGAAUGUUAAGCUUUCGUUCCAUUCAGGACACGCUAAUAACGUAUUUCAAGCAAAGUUUAUGCCUUUCUCUGAUGAUCGAACCAUUGUUACCUGUGCUGCUGAUGGAAUGGUUCGGCGUGCAAGUAUUCUUGAGGGUGAUAAAGUUGAGACGUCUUUCUUGGGAUUGCAUCAAGGAAGAGCUCAUAAGCUAUGUAUAGAGCCAGGAAACCCACAUAUAUUUUAUACAUGUGGUGAAGAUGGAUUAGUACAACGAUUUGAUCUAAGGACUGAAGCCCCUACAGAACUUUUCACUUGUCAAUCAGUUGAUCCUAGGAGGAGGAACAUGGAAGCCAUCCAGCUAAACGCUAUUGCGAUUGACCCGAGAAAUUCUAACCUCUUUGCUGUUGGGGGAAUGGACGUGUACGCUCGUCUUUAUGAUGUCCGUAGAUUUCAGGGUGACGGUUCAAAUGGUUUUACACGAGCCGCAGAUCACUUUUGCCCUCCACAUCUUAUUGGCAAUGAAGAAGUUGGAAUAACGGGUUUGGCUUUCUCAGAGCAAAGCGAGCUUCUUGUUUCGUACAAUGAUGAAUUCAUCUAUCUUUUCACACCCGAUAUGGGAUUAGGGUCUAACCCUAUCCCAUCCUCCCCGAUAUCCAAGAGUAGUGUCUCAAAAUCAGAAUCAGCUUCUUCCCCAAAAGAUGAGAACGAACACUCAGUUCCUUUGGUUUAUAAGGGGCACAAGAACUCUGAGACGGUUAAGGGUGUGAAUUUUUUUGGACCUCGGUCUGAAUAUGUGGUUAGUGGGUCAGACUGUGGGCGGAUAUUUAUUUGGAGGAAAAAAGGUGGGGAGCUUAUCCGUGUUAUGGAAGCAGAUAGGCAUGUGGUUAACUGUAUUGAGCCUCAUCCGCAUAUUCCUGUGCUUGCUAGCAGUGGAAUUGAAAGUGACAUCAAGGUGUGGACGUCAAAGGCAGCUGAGAGAGCUACAUUACCUGAAAACAUCGAACUGUUACCGAGUCGCUUUCGCAUUCCUUGGUUAUCGUUUCUUAGCUUCCAUGAUUAUGACGACGAAUUAUUUGGUAAUGGAAUGGAUAUUGGUAUUGAUGGGAACGAGGGGGAAGAUGAAUCAAUUGAUGAUGCUGAGGAUGAUGAUGAUUCAGAUUAUAGCAGUGGACUAGAUGAUAAUGAUUCUGAUGAUGACAUGGAUAGUGAUGAUGAUGUUGAUGACAUGGAUAGUGAUGAUGAAUGUUUUAUUGAAAUUGAUAACAAUAUGGAUAAUAAUGGUGGUGGUAGUGAGACGAAUGUUGAUAGUAUUAGUGGCAGUCAUCAAGAUGAUGAUGAUGAUGAUGAUGAUUGAAUAUUGUUUGAAAUUUGUGUGUUCCAGCGCAAGCGAACGCCUAGGGGAUGGAUGUACCGUGUCUCUUCACCGCAGGAACUAUUGGCACAACUCUUCUCGCUGCAAAACCGGAGCAGUAGUAGUCCAGAGAGAGAAGGAGAAUCAUCUUCAGCCACUGGAAGAGAACUUCUUGAUCUUAUUCUUACCUUCAAUGAUCAGAGCGAUGAUGCAACUGAUGAUGAAGAUGGUAAUAGCCAUGAAGACUUCUUCUCUUGAAAGAAAACUCCUCUAAAAGAAUUUGUAAAUAAUUUUUCGGUCCCUUUAAAACCCUUUAUGUAUUUUGAUUUACCACAUGGUUUUUCAUUGUUCAAUUAAGUCUCAACAUUAUAUGUUUGUGUAAAUUAUACAUAUUUGAUCAUCAUAAUUCGUCGCAUAAAA